AUGACAUCACAGCAGAGCGUGAUGACUUCCGGUGCUUCGUCCUCUGGUGGAUACAAUGCUGACAUCACAGCAGAGGACAUCACAGCCCAAACCAUUGAGGACUUCACCACCAAGAUGAAGACGAACAAGUUGAACAUCACGGAGAUUAAAAGCUUUGAGGAGAAGCUGGAGACCAAACUCAAGCUCAUCAACAAAGAGCAGGAGGAGCUCAAGAAACUUAAAAGCGAUUUCAAGACGUUGGUCAAUGAGUUGGAAGCCCCCUCCAAAGCAGAAGCCAGACAGGCAAAAAUCAAGGCGAGAGCAGAGGAAACCAAGCGGACCAAGCAGGAGGACAGAAACAGCUACCUCAACCUCGUCAUCAAGUACAACAACACAGACCAUGAGGUGUCUGUCAAGAAAGGCAGUACCACGGGCAAUCUACGCAAUAAGUUGGUGGAACGCUUCAACCUCAAAGGCAAGCAGCGGCUCAUCAUGGACUUCAACGGAACCGACCUGUACAUCUCCAACAACGGCAAGUCUUACGGGUUGAAGCGUUUGAACACUUUGGGACUAAAAAACGGGGACAUCAUCAAAGUCUCAUUGCCGGGCGACAAGACCACUGCGGACGACAAGACCACUGCGGACGACAAGACCACUGCAGAGGACGAUGACAUUGCGGAGGGCGGUGAGAGUGAGAGUGAGACAAGUGACACGGAGACAGAGAACUAA